ACAGAUUUUGACUGUUGCCUGGCCAUAGCUGAAGUUACAAGUUGAAUUUCUUCGAAGUGGAGUCAGAGACUUUCGGUAUUUGUUUUAUAUUCCAUCCAUCCGUUUUUUAUACAAGUAUAUAGAUUCGACUGUCUUGCGAAGAAAAAAUAUAAGAAAAGAACCUUUAAGAGUGUGCAAUCUGAAGCUUCCGUCACGGCAAGAAUCAGCAACGUUUCACGUCCUGUGGUUCAGCGCGUGAAACCUGCAGUUGUCUCUACAACCCUCGAAGUAACGCCACUUCCUGAGGAUCCUAGGCCCUUGCCAUUUCGGAAAAGAAAAAAAAUGAAGAAAACGGCGCUGGUACCGGUGAUUUUCGCGGCUAUCACAAGUACGAUACUUGAUAUUGUUGCCGGAUUCCACACCGGAUGGUCGUCGCCUAUAUUGUCCAAGCUUCUGGAAGACACUUCCGUCCCGGUGACGGAAGAUCAGGCCUCCUUGAUCGUUAGUUGCUUUUCGAUAGCGGCGGUUGUAGGGCCAAUCUCAAUGAUGCUAACGGUUGACAGAUGGGGGAGAAAAGUUACGAUGAUACUUGUAGCGGUUGCAUUUUUGAUCGCAGGCGUCAUGCUCACCUUUCCUCAAAACUACUGGUGGUACUAUAUCGGAAGGCUUACUUGCGGAUUCGCUACAGGAAAUGUCGUAUCGGUACUUCCCAUGUACUUGGCAGAAAUCGCAGAGGACAGAAUACGCGGAGGCUUGAGUAUCUUGAUAACUGUUAUGUAUAACUCGGGAACUGUAGUAGCCUACAGUGUCGGACCUUGGGUUAGCGUGUCUAAUCUCGGAGCGAUUGGAUUAGUGAUGCCACUAGUGUUCCUUUUGCUCGUUCCGUGGAUGCCGGAAACACCUUACUUUUACGUGAUGAAAGGUAAGCCAGACCUCGCCAGGAGGAGUCUCGAAUUUUUGAGAGGCACAACUGACGUCGACGAGGAGAUCGAGAGGCUGAAGAAAAGCGUGGAGAUCGAUCUCCAAAAUACUGGGACGUUUAAAGAGCUCUUAAUGGACAGAGCAAAUCGUAAGGCUCUACUGGUUAUCCUUGGAAUUCUAGCAGCUCAACAGUUGUCCGGGAUUUCAAUUAUCUUAUAUUACAAUACCAGCAUCUUCAAUCAAGUCAUUUCCAACAUAUCUUCCAGUACUUCCGUCAUCAUAACUGGAGUCGUUCAGCUGAUCGCAUCGCUUCCAGUGGUCUAUUUUGCUAACAGAAUAGGUAGAAGGCCUUUAGUCCUUGGAUCGAUGUUUUUCAGCGUAGUUUUUCUAGCAGCCCUGUCAGCUUACUUUCACUUGCAAGCAAUUGGAAAUGACGUCUCUACAAUUUCGUGGCUACCGGUCACUGCAAUGGUUGGCUACUUAUCGGCUUACGCGGUAGGAUUAGGCAGCAUGGGCUUACCUAUUCUCACCGAACUACUUCCGGGCAACGUCAAGGCCUACGGCAUACUAGUUGCUACUACCUGGUCUACGAUUAUUGGAACUGUGGUUUCGCUAGUCUAUCCGACUGCAAAAAUUAUGUAUGGUAACCAUACUGCGUUCUACUCGUUCACGAUCUGUGUUGCAGUUCUUAUAAUCCCCACAUUCUUCUAUCUACCCGAAACCAAAAACAAAUCAUUGAGUGAAAUCCAGCAGAUGCUACGUGUGCGAUCCACAUCGGAACAGAAACUGGAACCAGUUCCUACACCCGAAUGCAGCCGAAGUAAUUCGAUAUAUUGUAUUGCGAUCGGAAAGAACUGAAUUUUACGUAAUCAACUAAUUCAAGGACCAGGUCCAAUUAUGAAAACGAAAUAAAUAUUCACUUAUUUCGAGGAAAUUUAACCAUACUUAGUCUGAAUUGUUAAUUACCCUAAUUCACAACCUCAUUCGCUUAAUGCAAAGUCGCUGAACGCGGUUCAAUGGGCCUUUGAUGUUACAGAAACGUGCUUCUGAAUUCGAUAUUCAUAUCCUAGUAUUGACCGGGAAACUACCUGAAUUUUCAAUCAUUUUUGUUACCAUUAAAAGGUGAAAAUUAUCGCAAAGAUUUUUAUAAGCUGUAUAAACAACCAACCUACGUUUUUUCAUCAUCGAAGUACUCGCGCUGGUGAUAAUGCUGGAUAAUGCUGGCUUUUGGCCAGAAAUUUAUACGCUAAUUAAUACGUUAAAAGAGUGUUUUGGUAAACAGGAAUUAUUUCACUCUUAUGUCACUUUCUAAAUUCACAAUGUCUUCUAUCAUUGGGCUGAAUCAUUUUCAUAAUUGCCAUAAAUACAAUUAAACGAAUGGCUGGUAAUGAAUAUUCAAAGAAUUUAGACGUAUUCGUUCGAAAGGAAUGGGCAAACUGUUGUUACAAGCUGUUAUACCAAACAUGUUGAAGAGCUUGUUAAUAAGCCUCAUCAAGUCCUCCAAUUGUAAGUGACCUAUACGGCAAAUUGGCUGUUAUUUGAGCGGCAGCUUGCUUCCUGAAUUAUGCAUAUGGCAUCGCGAAUGACGCAGACUCUCGAAUAUCCUACGAAAUCGUAUCACGACAUAUGACGAUGCUUGGACAUAUCAUCACUUCAACGAAUCCUUUUGAUGUCAAACUGAGGGUGCUAUUCGAGAAAACUAUGUUCACGUGGCACUUUGAAAAUCAACGACGACCUGCGAUCCUUGUUAACAUGAAAGACGAAAGCCUACAUACAUUUGUUCGACAUUGUAAUGCUACUCGUCAAACUGUAUUUCUUACAGUGCAUACUGGCUUGUACCCUUCGCGUUUAAUCAAGUUUAAUUUCGAAUUACUGUCAAGAUCGAUUUACGUAUAAACGCAGUUUUAUUAUAUUAUUCAUCCACC